CUCUCGGGCGGCCGCCGCCAUGACUGCGCGCGGCACCGCGAGCCGCUUCCUGGCCAGCGUCCUGCACAACGGGCUGGGGCGGUACGUGCAGCAGCUGCAGCGUCUCAGCUUCAGUCUCAGCCGCGAUGGGCCCUCGUCGCGCGGCGCCAGGGAGUUCGUGGAACGCGAGGUGAUCGACUUCGCCCGUCGCAACCCAGGGGUUGUCGUCUACGUGAACCCCCGACCGUGCUGCGUGCCCGGAGUAGUGGCCGAGUACCUCAAUGGGGCCGUGCGCGAGGAGAGCAUCCACUGCAAGUCGGCGGAAGAGAUCGCCGCGCUGGUUCAGAAGCUGGCGGGCCAGUCAGGCCUGGACGUGGUCCGCAUCCGAAAGCCCUUCCACACCGACAACCCCAGCAUCCAGGGCCAGUGGCACCCGUUCACCAACAAACCCGCGCCGUUCCGCGGGCUGCGCCCCCGAGAGCCCCGGAGCCCUGCCCCAGGCGGGGGCGAGCGCGGCGAAGAAUCGCGCCACCUACGCUAACCCAGGCCGGCCUGUCGCCCAGCAGAGGUGUACCUCCCUCUUUGGCAUUCCAAGCCCAAGCAGAUAAAGAGAUCUCUCCCUUGCCCCAGCGCUGGCUUAAUGCCGAAGGCCUUGCUUGGGGUGAGGCGCUGCCUGUUGGAUUAAAGCGUCAAACGCUGAGAGCUAUGACUUUUUUGUUCCCUAAUUCAAAUUAGUGGGCAUCUCUGAAACCGGAGAUGAGUCUUGAAAUGCUACACAAGGCCCUUGUUUUCUAGAAUCUAAAUAGAAGCCGCACGAGUUGCCUCAAAUCUGUAAUUGCAGUACUUGCAAAGCUGAGGCAGGAGUAUUGUGAAUUUGAGGCCGCCCUGAACUACAUAGAUGUCUCAAAA